AUGUCGAAUUUUGGUGUUAGUUGCAUUCCGCCACAAAAAAUUGUUAUCACAGAUGAUGCUGGUUUGGAAAGAACGUCUGUAGUGGGACCCUUUUCAGAGGGUGCAUCAUUUGUACUACGGUGCGAUGUUUUUGGUGGUAAACCAGUGCCUCAAGUGACAUGGUAUCGUAAUGAUGUUCCAGUGAGUUCAUCGAAAGCCACAACAACAAUUUUACCAUCGUCAUCGUUAGGUAGUAGUGCAUUUGGUAGUGGUAGUACACGUGUUCGAAGUGAACUAACAAUAACACAUUUAACCAGAGAUGAUGUACAUUCUGAAUUAACAUGUCGUGCAUCCAAUAAUAAUAAAACAGCACCAUUAGCUGCUACGUUACAUGUGGACAUGAACUUUGGCCCAUUAGAUGUAAGGAUAUUGGGACCGCAUCAACCAUUAUCUGCUGGACGUCGAUAUGAACUAUUAUGCCAAAGUUGUGGAUCACGACCACCAGCUAGUAUCACCUGGUGGCGAAAUGGUGAACGCUUGGAUCGAACAAAAGAAACGACAUCGAGCGAUGGAAAUACAACGACCAGCACAUUGUCGUUUAUAGCAAGUAAAGAGGAUGCGGGAAAAUAUCUCUCCUGUCGUGCUGAAAACCCAGUUGUCAACGCUGAUGGCCUUGAAGACGGAUGGCGGCUUGAAAUACAAUAUACACCUGAAGCGAAGAUAAUCUUAGGAACAAAUUUAAAUCCUGAUAAUAUACGUGAAGGAACAGAUGUUUAUUUUGAUUGCCUCAUCAAUGCUCAUCCCAAUGUCUAUAAAGUCGAAUGGAGGCAUAACGGAAGGAUAUUAAAUCACAAUGUGGGACUGGGAAUCAUCAUCAGCAAUCAGAGUUUAGUGCUGCAGGGUGUUAGUCGUGCAACUGCAGGAAACUAUACGUGUGUGGGUUUUAAUACAGAAGGUGAUGGAGAGAGUAAUAUCUUCUAUCUCAAUGUGUUAUUUGCUCCGACAUGUAAACCAAAACAAACUAAAGUGCAUGGUAUAGCAAAACAAGAAAAAGCACAAAUUAUGUGUGAAGUGGAAGCUAAUCCAUCAGAUGUAACGUUUCGUUGGACUUUUAAUAAUUCCGCAGAAAGUAUUGAUGUAGCUGUGUCACAUAUAAGUCGUGUUGGUACAACCAGUAUAGUAUCGUACACUCCUAUGACAGAAUUGGAUUAUGGCACACUUUUAUGUUGGGCAACAAAUCGUAUUGGACAUCAACGGGUACCAUGUGUUUAUCAUAUAAUUGCGGCAGGUCGCCCCGAUCAAGUACAUAAUUGUUCGAUUGCGUAUAUUUCAAUGACAUCAUUCGCAGUACGAUGUAACGAAGGCUUUAAUGGUGGUCUACCACAAUCGUUUAUGUUGGAAGUACGCGAAAGUCAUACACAAGAAAUGCGUGCAAAUAUGACAUCACCAGUAGCACGUUUUAAUGUAACGAAUGGGUUAGAACCAGGUGCUCAUUAUCAAGCUGCUGUUUAUGCAUACAAUCCCAAAGGAAAAGCUGAACCGGUUAUACUUCAAGCAGCUACACUACGUCUACCUGAAAAACAACUUACAUCUGAAAAAGAUCGGCCACGUAACGGAUUUCGUUUUACACCAAUGAUGAGCGUACUAAUCGGUGUCAUAUCAGCAUUAUUGAUUGUAGCAUUAGUUGUUAUAAUUGUAUUACGUUUUCAAUGUACACAAACAGCAGAUGGACGUCGUAAUAAACGGCAUAAAGUGCAACGUAAUGCCGGGGGUAGCCCAAUUAGUAAACAUGAUUCAAGUGCUGGUGAUGGGAAUGAAAGUGAUGAAAAGAAUCCCGAUAUUAUACCACAACCGGUCGAUUCAGAUGAACAAACAGAUUUCUUACGAAAACGACAGCACAUAUCAACAAUAGAAACAUCAUCACCGACACGAAGUCUGUUACAUCAACAACCUGGUGGUGCGAAUGGACCAUCCGGGUAUAUGGGUUAUUGUACGUUAAGGAAUGGUAUGCCCAUACAAGAGUAUCCACAACAGAAAAUGCAUGUAACACCCGGCGGCGUAAUGUCAGGAAGUUUUCCUGGUGGUGGUUGUACAUUACCACGACAACAUUGGCCAACAUAUUCGGGUGCGAUAGCUGGUGUGCGUCAUCUGCAAGCAGUUCCCACGGGAAUAUAUCCAUUACAAGCACAAUGUCGACCAUCACCUGUACAGCAUACCAUGCCGAUGCCUCGAGUGCCACCAAUUGCAGCCCCACGUGCUGAACAACCACCAAUACCAUUACAACCAUUGUCUAGUGAGGAAGAACCAACAGUCGAUACACCAUUAAUGGUAAAAAAACGUGAAAGUUCUGUUUGA